AUGUCGUCGAGACCUCCUUCUUUGAUUAUUUCUUCGCGUCGAAGGCAGCGAGGCACUUUCACUCCUUCUCCAUCCCCGCCACCGAAAAGACAACGUCUCACAGCACCUAAAAAGCGAAAGCACACCUGCGACUUCGUUUUAUUCUCUCCCUCCUCUACUCCUCCGCCUGUUAUUGCAGUUAAUGACGAGGAAUUCGUGAAUUUAUUCAAUUGCGAUCCUCCUCCUUCACCAGCGGUGGCUGCUGCCGUGAAGGAGUUGUUGGAGUCGAUUGGCGAGGAAUGGGGUUAUUUCUGUUUGAAAAAGAAAGCUUUAGAGGCGAGUCCUUCUUUUCUUGAAGCCCAAACUCAACGCAAGAUGCGUGUUCUCAUGUCUCUUAGGGAAUUGCAGACUGGUGCUAUUGUCUUAGAAGUACUUGGCGCUUUUUCAAGGAAAUACUGGCCCAGGGAUGAUUGGAUUGUUCUAACUGUUGAACCUGGUAUGGUGAGAGACAAAUUCUGUGCAUAUGAGGAAAACCCUUCGCAUAUUUUCAAAGUUAAUGUUCAUAUAGGGGUGUGUGUGGGGUUUAAUUUAGCAGCUUUAGAGUAUGGUGGAAAAUGGAAUGCUGCUGGUCGACUGCUGGAUGACAGUUCUGAAACAAAGUGCAGUAGAGGUCAUACAGCACCAGGACAGCUAGAGGAUUGGGAAGUUAAAACUAUUGUGGAGGAUGUUAGGACUGCUCAAAUGUUUUCCAUUAGUGUUGUAGUAGAAAUAGAAAGGCUAAUAGAACAAUAG